AUGAGCUCGCAUCGCACUCUGUCGUCCCCGCCAGCGCGCCCGGCACCGCUGCCUCAGCGGCUCCCGCUUGCCCUCCGUACUACCAACGUCUUUACCCCCCCGCAUCCAGUCUCGUCGGGCGCCAAGCCUCCACAGCUCACCCCCGCGGGGGGGGGCGCGCCGCCGCCGGGCGACGAUCGUGAUCGUGAUCGCGACGGCGAGGGCGAGGGCGAGGGCGAGCACGACAACGUCGACGUGCUGCAGGCGGUCGAGGAUGCGCUGCGCCAGGUCGACGGCCUGUCCAAGCAGCUGCAGGCACAGGCAGAGCAGGCAGUCGAGGCAGCAGCGUUUGCGGCCGGCAUCGCCGUGGCGAACACCGUACCGCUCCCGCGGUUUGUCGACGCGCCGCCCGAGCCGAGCGAGUUGGCGUCUCCGCUGGUGGCGCGGAGCGGGCUCAAUGCGCUUGCAAACGCGGCGGUCGAGGCAGCUUUGCCGUCGCUGGCCGUCCUUCAGAAGCUCGGCGCCGAGCUCGCGGACGCAGGCCGGGCCUCGAGCGCCAUGCCCGCUGUCAGCAGCAGCGCCGGCGAGCUCACUGAACUCAAACUCAGACUCUCGCGCGAGCGGCGCAAGAUGGGCGAAGCGCUGCUGCGGAUAGAGACGCUGACGAGCCAGCAGUCUGAAGCAGCGGCCAAGCUGUCCGAGUUGGAGUGCGAGGUGGGCGAGAUGCGCGAGGGCCUGCAGCGGCUGGAAAAGGCAAGCAGCACGCUCAAGCACAAGCUCAUUGCACAGCACGAGGCCAGCGCCGGGCUAGCCGCACUCAAGUCGGAGCUCGAGACCGCACUGGCGCGCGGGCGGCGGCAGCUGACGCUGAGCGGGCUGCGGCCAGCGCGAUAG